AUGGCUGUUUGGUGGCACACUUCCCUCCUCCUCUUCAUCUUCCUCCUCCUUCCGCACGGCGAGGCUGACGUCCAAGCGGUGAACCCCAUGGAGUGCCCCAAACCCUCUCCCGUCCCCGCAUGCAGCGCCUUCCUCUACGUCGUCCCGCGCGGCCACAACGCCUCGGACACCGCCGCCCGCUACUCCGCCGACGCGUCGCUCGUCGAGCCCAUCAGGCGCCCCUCGGGCGCGACCGACUUCUUGGUCGCCGUGCCGUGCGCGUGCGAGGCGGCCGGCAACGCCACGGCCCUGUUCCACGACACCGUGUACCUGGUGCAGCCCCACGACACGGCCAGCGGCGUCACGGACGUGGUCUUCAGCGGGCUGGCGUGGCGGGUGCCGGAGAACAUCACCGACUUCGCGAGCAUCACCGUGCGCCUCCCUUGCGGGUGCUCGGAGACGACGGUCGUGUCGUACGCGGUGCAGUCCGGCGACACGCUGACGUCCAUCUCCGAGCUGUUGGACUCGGACGUCGAGGCGAUCAAGGCGAUGAACCCGGAGCUGAUGCCGAAUCCCGACUUCUUGAAUCCCGGGCAGUUGUUGUUUGUGCCCAUGGGCGUGCAUGGUUCGCCACCAGCACCACCACCACCACCACCUCCUCCUCCUCCUCCCAAAGAAUCAGGAAUGCAGAAGACUGCAAUAAUAAUCCUCGGCGUCUCUCUCUCCGUACUAUUCAUGGUGUUCGGUGGUUUAUCGAUUUGGCUUUACCGAAGGAGGAGACGCGACGAAUCCACCGCCGAGAGUCUCAACGUAACCGUGAGCAAGAACUCAAGUGCAAGAUUCAUCACAGCCUUGCAGAGCCAGCUUCUUCCAUCCAAGAGUGGUGAAGGCACCGCGACAUUCAUGUCAGAGAGGCCUGUGACGUUUAGUCUGGAAGAGGUUGAUAGAGCCACAGCAAGCUUCCACGAUUCGAGAAAGAUUGGUGAAGGAGGGUACGGCAGUGUGUAUUUGGGAAUCUUGGGAACACAGGAAGUUGCCAUCAAAAAGAUGAAGUCAAGCAAAUCCAAGGAGUUCUUCGCUGAGCUGAAUGUGUUGUGCAAAGUGCAUCACAGAAAUGUGGUUGAACUGAUUGGUUAUGCAGCAGGAGAUGACCACCUUUACUUGGUCUACGAGUAUCUUCAGAAUGGCUCCUUGAGCGACCAUCUCCAUGAUCCACUGCUCAAAGGUCAUCAACCUAUCUCAUGGACUGCAAGAACACAAAUCGGAUUGGAUGCUGCCAGGGGAAUCGAGUACAUCCAUGAACACACCAAAGCCACCUGCGUUCAUCGCGAUAUAAAGACCAGUAACAUUCUGCUGGAUAGUGUGCUGAGAGCAAAAGUUGCAGACUUUGGGUUGGCAAAGCUUGUGGAGCAAAGUGAUGAGGACUGGUGUUUCGCGACUCGCUUGGUUGGAACUCCUGGUUACCUUCCACCAGAGUCUGUUAGGGAGCUUCAGAUGAGCACCAAAUCCGAUGUGUUUGCCUUUGGAGUUGUUCUUGCUGAGCUUGUUACGGGAGAAAGAGCUCUCAUUCCCGACAAGAAAGAUGCUUGCAAGAUGAGAUCACUGGUUACAGCUAUGAAAGAAGUUUCCGCCUCGGACGAUCCGAAUGCUGCUCUGGAAGAGAUCAUCGAUCGAAAUCUUGAUCAUGUCUACCCUACGGAAGAAGUACGGAAGAUGGUGGACGUGGCGAUGUGGUGUUUGAGUGAUGAUCCCGUAAGCAGACCUGAGAUGAGGGAGAUCACAACGAACCUAUCACAGAUAGUGAUGGCUUCUAUAGAGUGGGAAGCAUCACUCGGUGGCAACAGCCAAGUCUUCAGUGGCAUCUUUACGGGAAGAUGA